AUGGGUGUGAUUGGCAAAUCUCUAUAUAUCUCUGAGGUGAUCGCCGAACUGCAAGGAAACACGUCCAGUACGUACUGUAUAAGAACGCUGUUAGCGACAUCUCGUUUUAAGAGUGUUAGGUAUAGCAUCACUGUCUCACUUAGCCAUGGUGAGCUAGAGAGGUAUAUUGCCAUCAAACAUGCCCUGCGGUACGAAACCAUCGUCACUGAAAAACGCCUCACGUGUUUGUCUGCUCUUCUGUGGAUUAUAUUAUUGACAAUAACUGUCUCUUUAUCUUUCUAUGACGAAAACACUUAUCUUUAGGUUGGCACCAUUACUUUGUCUCUUUGCAUAACCACUAUUAUCUUCUGUCAAGUUGUGCUUUACCAUGAAACACGUAGGCAUAAAAAAGAAAUCGCUGCCGGGCAAUUCUCCAUGGAAGCCAGAGAAAAAUUCUUAAGGGAGAAAAAAGCCUUUAUACUGACAACAAUGAUACUUUUCUCCUUGAUAUUGUGUUAUUUACCUUUCACAGUAGCACGAAUACUGAAUACUAAUAUCAAGGUCUGUCAUCAAUUCAGUCAAUUUAGCAUACAUAGCCCUAUUUACAGGCAGAACAGUGGCAGCUUUCAACUCGAUGAUCAACCCGAUCAUUUACUGUGUACGAAUUAG